AUGAAGUCCAAAGCUGCUUCGUUUUCCAUGGUCGUGUUGUUGAGCUUAUGGCCAUGGGAAGCAGCAGCCCAAGUGGCGGUGAAGCCGGGAAGAUGGAUGCUUCUCGUACAAAAUGGGGGCGUCUCUGCCAUGCACAUGACCACCACGCAUUUAAACACAGUGGUCAUGUUUGACCGGACCAACUUCGGGUCGUCGCAAAUCCUGCUGGACAACGGGCGUUGCCGCGACAACCCACAGGACCAGGUCAGCACUCACGACUGCUCGGCGCAUUCCAUCGAGUACAAUGUAGUCACCAACAAUGUGAGGCCGCUCAUGAUUUUCAACGACACCUGGUGCUCGUCUGGGGCGCUUGCAGCAAAUGGAACGUUGGUACAAACCGGUGGGUAUCGUGACGGGUCACGGGACAUUCGUUACUUCGUUCCCUGCUCGGACGGCAGCUGCGAUUGGAACAAUUUUGAGGGGCCGAAGCUUGCCCCAGAUCGGUGGUAUGCCGCUAACCAAAUCCUCCCGGACAACAGCAUUAUCGUUGUCGGCGGCACCCGAAUGUUUCACUACGAAUUUGUCCCCAAGAGCCCCGCCGAAGGAGUUUUCAACUUGCCUUUUCUAUCUCAGACCCGAACCAGUGCCCAAGUAGAGAACAACCUCUAUCCAUUUCUCCACCUCUCCUCCAAUGGCAACCUCUUUAUCUUCGCCAACAGGGAUUCCAUUCUCCUCGACUACAAAACCAACGUUGUCGUGAAGACCUUCCCCAGAAUGCCGGGUGACGGCCCGCGGAACUAUCCUUCCACCGGGUCAUCCGUCAUGCUGCCACUCUCAGCCGCCGACGGGUUCACCAAAGUGGAAGUUCUCAUCUGUGGAGGCUGUCCGGACAACGGUUUCGCCCUGGCCAACGCAGGUAAUUUCACGGACGCGCUCCGUAGCUGUUGA